AUGCAUCUUGCACAGCUGCGUGCUUUGCUGCCCUUGAACGGCUUCAAUUCGCUUCUUGGACGCUUCCGAGUUGCUAUCGCGUCGGUGGUGAAGCAUGUGCCAAUAUGGGGCCACUUCGCCUGCGCGACCGGCGCGCAAGACGCUACUCGAUCAAAACUGCGAAAGGCUCUAGCUGAUCACGGAGAGAGCGUCGUUAUCGUUCCCGGCGGGAUCGCGGAAAUGUAUUCUAUCAGCCCUAACAAGGAGUGCCUGCACCUGAUAGAGAGGAAAGGUCUCCUGAAGCUCGCUCUCGAGACGGGUGCGGAGAUCGUCCCCAUCUACUGCUUUGGCAACACUGAGACGUUCAGGCUUGCGAGGGGAAGCAGCAUGCUACAGCCUCUCGGAAGGCUCUUCCGCGCCGCGUUGCUAGUGUUUUAUGGAAGAUUCGGGUUGCCGAUAUCCUUUGAGGUUCCUUUGCUCUACGUAUUUGGGAAGGCACUACGGCUGCCAAAAAUUCGGCAUCCUUCUUCACAGGACAUCGACGCAGCGCAAAAGCAAUUUCUCGCAGAGGUACACAGAAUUUUUCACACGUAUAAAGGGCUGUAUGGCUGGCAGCAUAAAACGCUCGAGAUAGUGUGA